AGCACCCAACCCAAGGUAUAAAAAUAGAAAGAAGGGUGUACGCUGCUCCUCUUUCCUUCUUCUCAGUCAUCAUCACUGCGCCAUUCACUCACCAUCGCCGCUCAACCAAACUCAUUAAAUUCUACAUUCUUCGUCUUCACGAUGGACAUCGUUACCUUUUCUUUCUCCGCCGCCACACCACCAUUAUCGGUGAUCGCCGCCGUCAAGCUCGCCGGAUUUUCUCCAUCUAUCGACGCAUCCCUCCCUUCUGACUCCGCCCCCACAUUUAUCUUCUCCAAUGGGUUGAAAUUGCGCGGACCAUUGGUUCUUCUGCGUUAUAUAGCCAGAACUGCCAAUUUUUAUGGCCAAAAUGCAUUUGAAACUAGCCAGAUUGAUGAGUUGUUGGAGUAUGCACCUGUACUGUCAUCAGGCCCUGCAUUUGAGACUGGAUGCAAAUAUAUAGAUGACUACUUGGAGAAGCGUACAUUUUUAGUUGGUUAUUCAUUAUCAAUUGCUGAUCUAGCUAUCUGGGCAGGUCUUGCAGGAACUGGAAAGAGAUGGGAAAGCUUGAGGAAGUCAAAGAAAUAUCCAAAUCUUUCACGAUGGUACAAUUCAAUAGUCACAGAAUACGGUACUGCCUUAAAUGAAGUCACUACAACAUAUAUUGGCAAAAAAGGAUUGGGAGAGCCAUCAGCAACUAAGCCAAAAGACCAUCCAGUCGUCACGGACAAAUGGAAGAAUGUGAAUGGGGAUGUAUCUGAAAAGAUUAAGUUAGGAGGCAAACCUUCUGCAGAAAUAGAUCUUCCAGAUGCUGAAAUUGGAAAAGUUCGCUUGCGCUUUGCACCUGAACCCAGCGGCUACAUUCACAUUGGACACUCAAAAGCAGCUUUUUUGAACAAGUAUUUUACUGAGCGAUACCAAGGUCAUCUUAUUUUGCGUUUUGAUGAUACAAAUCCUGCUAAAGAAAGUAAGGAAUUUGAGGAAAGCAUAGCGAAAGAUAUUGAUACACUGGGUAUCAAGUUUGACACAAUUACUUAUACAUCAGAUUACUUCCCUGAGUUGAUGGAAAUGGCUGAAAAAUUAAUUAGCCAGGGUAAAGCAUAUGUUGAUGACACUCCAAAAUUACAAUUGAGACAGGAGAGAAUGAAUGGCAUAGAAUCUAAAUGCAGAAACAAUAGUGUAGAUGAGAAUUUGAAAUUAUGGAAGGAAAUGAUUGCUGGAUCAGAGAGGGGCUUGCAGUGUGUUGUCCGUGGGAAGUUGGAUAUGCAAGAUCCAAAUAAAUGCCUUCGUGAUCCUGUUUAUUAUCGUUGCAAUACAUUACCUCAUCAUAGGACUGGAUCCAAGUAUAAAGUGUAUCCAACUUAUGACUUUGCAUGUCCAUAUGUUGAUGCUAAGGAAGGUAUCACACAUGCUCUUCGGGCAAGUGAAUACCGUGAUCGCGGUGCUCAGUAUUCCCGGAUUCGAGAUGACAUGGGAGUGAGGGAAGUUCUUAUCUACGAAUUUAGUCGGUUGAAUAUGGUCUACACUCUUCUCAGCAAACGAAACCUUCUAUGGUUUGUCCAAACUGGAAAAGUUGAUGGAUGGGAUGAUCCACGAGUUCCUACAGUGCAAGGAAUUGUGCGCAGAGGUUUGAAAAUUGAAGCGUUAAUACAAUUUAUUACUGAACAAGGGGCGUCAAAAAAUCUCAAUCUCAUGGAAUGGGACAAGCUUUGGACCAUCAAUAAGAAGAUUAUUGACCCUGUAUGUCCCAGACACACCGCUGUCAUUGCGGAGAGACGUGUAUUGUUGACCCUUACUGAUGGUCCCGAGAAAUCAUUUGUCCGCAUCAUACCUAGACACAAGAAAUUUGAAGCCGCUGGAAAUAAAGCUACCACAUAUACUAAAAGGAUAUGGAUUGACUAUGCUGAUGCAGGGUCCAUAUCAGCAGGUGAGGAGGUAACCUUGAUGGAUUGGGGAAAUGCCAUAAUAAAGGAAGUAGAGAAGGACCAAGAUGGGAAUGUCACAGGGUUGAGUGGUGUUUUGCAUCUUGAAGGAUCUGUGAAGACCACAAAAUUGAAGCUCACUUGGCUACCUGACUCAGAUGAACUAGUUAGCCUGACACUGGCGGAGUUUGAUCAUCUAAUUACGAAGAAAAAGGUUGAAAAGAAAGAGGACAUCAUUGAUGUGGUUAACCCAUGUACAAAAAAGGAGAUUCUAGCAUAUGGAGACUCCAAUAUGCGAAAUCUUCAACGUGGAGAGAUAUUGCAGCUGGAGAGAAAGGGAUAUUUCAGGUGUGAUGUACCCUUCGUUCGUCCUUCAAAACCAAUUGUGUUAUUUUUGAUCCCAGAUGGCAGGCAGCAGACAAGUUCUAAGUAAAAACAUUUUGUUCUUUGAAUUACAAAUUGGUAAUUUGGAUAACUUUGUGGAACUAUUUUAAUGUGUACAACACUGUACACCAACCAUUUGUGCUAGACUUUGGUAGCAAGUCAAAGCGAUAUGGAAUCAUUUUAUAGUUAAUUGAUUUAUUAUUAACAUAGGAUUUAUGAUUUUGCUUUGGCGGAUUGUGAAUUUCUAUUUUGAGGCCAACACAUAAUUGUAUAUAAUUUAAGGGUGGGGUUUAUUUA